AUGACAGCACCAGACAUGAGCCUUACGUCUUAUAAAACGCUUAUGACAUCCCGCGACGAAUACACCAUGGCGACGAGAGCGCAAAGCGAGGACAAAGUACAAGGGGGCUAUGUCGAUAUUAGUAGCUACCAGUGGGUAGUUCGGCCAAAUCAACCCAGGCGUGUGAGGACGCCAUUCCUUGUGACGCAGUGCAAGCGCACUGCAAGAGAGAAUGACGAGGCCACCUGGACGGAGGGCAGGGAGCAGCUGGAACGAUACAUGCCACACAUGGUGACCCAGCACCCAUGGCGCCAUCAGCAAUACGGCAUUAUCGCCGUCGGCAGAUAUGCCGAAUUCUACAAGUGGGACGCGGCCAAAUCUGAGCCGGUGCUCUACGCCGGCAGGUUUGACAUAUUGGCCCAAUCUGCCAUCAUUCAUGAGGAAAUCAUGAAGAUCCGGGAGGAGCGCCGCGCUGGGCGGUAG